UGAGAAGGAUAUAUUUGUGUCCUUCACCUCUUUAUCCCCAAGAGGGUUCAAUCUUUUCGCCCCAUUCGCGAAAACGAGGUUUCUAAAUUAAACUAAUCAAUAAGAUUGGAAGAAAGGCUUCUGAUUCAAAAUUCGUUAAUUUGAGUGAGAUCGAUGUUAAUUCUUUUCUCCAAUACAAUUAUUACCAGGAUUGCUUUUGGGAGGAGUUACGAUGAGGAGAGCAGUGAAAGAAGCAUGUUUGAGAAUUUGCUUAGUGAUUCUCAGGCUGUUUCAGCAAAUUUCUUCUUCUCUGAUUAUUUUCCUUGUUUGAGUUUGGUUGAUAGACUCACUGGAGGGUUGACUCGGCUCGAGAAAACUUUCAAGGCUCUGGAUUCAUUUUAUCAAGGAAUGGUGGAUGAGCACAAAAGUGAUGAAAAGAGGAGUAAAUUGGGACAAGAGGAUUUUAUUGAUGUGUUACUUCAGCUGCAGAAGGAUGGCUCAUCUCCGAUCAAGCUUACUUUUGAUCACAUUAAAGCACUUCUCCAGGAUAUAUUUACCGCUGGAACGGACACAAGUGCUGCCACAUUAGUCUGGGCAAUGACCGAGCUAGUAAAAAAUCCCAACACCAUGGAAAAAGCCCAACAAGAAAUCAGAAAUAUAGCCGGAAACAACGGCAGUACUAUACACGAGAAUGACCUCCAAGAGUCUCGCUAUCUACAAGCAGUAAUCAAGGAGACAAUGAGGUUGCACCCACCAGCCCCACUACUAGUUCCACACGAAACAACCCAAAAAUGCAACAUAUUCGAGUACGAAAUCCCCCCCAAAACUGUGGUCCACGUGAAUGCGUGGGCCAUCGGAAGAGACCCGGACUCUUGGGAAAACCCGGAUAAAUUUUUGCCCGAGAGAUUCAUUGGGAAUUCCAUCGACUUUAGGGGAAGAGAUUUUGAGUUGAUCCCAUUUGGGGCGGGUCGAAGGGGGUGUCCCGGACUACACAUGGGAGUGGCGACAGUGGAGUUUGCACUUGCGAAUCUUUUGUAUUGGUUCAACUGGGAAUUGCCUGAUGGGAUGAAGAGGGAAGACACUGAUACAGAUGUGAAGCUUGGAAUUACUAUGCACAAGAAAAAUCCCCUGUGCCUCAUGCCUCGGAAAUGGUCUGGGAAUUUCGAUGAAUAAAUGUUGCAGGAGUGAUCUUAUACUGAUCUUCUUCUUCUUCUUCUUUUUUUUAUCAGAUCUUAUAAUGAUUUCCAUCCUUGUGUUUAUUCUAAUGUCAUAUUGUUAGGAAAAAGUUAUGGGUGUUCUGGUUCUUAAACAGAUAAAAAUGUACAAUGUGUGUGU